AAAAAAAAAAAAAUCAAACUGAGGGCUUAAAACAAAAGUGGGGAAAGAUCUAUGUGUGACAGGUUUAUCUUCAGGUAUUGAAAGGAAGGAUAUUGGGUAUUCCAUUAAUCAAUCAGGUAAGUUUUCUGAUGCUUCUGGGCUGUUACUGGGAGGUAACUGUUAGUAGGUGAUAGUAGAAAGCUCACUAGACUGUAAGACCUUAACACACAAGGAGUCCAAGCCUGGAAUGUUUUCUAUUUCCUCAAUAGUUUUGCCUCGUUGGUGCACAACUUCAAGCUGUAGGCAUAUUGUUAGAAUGGCUGCUGUUCACACUACAAUUGCUGGAUUAUCAUUCGAAGCUGUGGCAAUAAAGCCUCCUUCACACCCUACAUAUGAUUUAGAGGGCAUCAUUAAGCUUGCCCUUGCUGAAGAUGCUGGUGGUCGAGGGGAUGUGACUAGUAUGGCCACUAUUCCAUUUGACAUGGAAGUUGAAGCCCAUUUUCUGGCUAAGGAUGAUGGUAUCAUUGCUGGAAUUGUGCUUGCAGAGAUGGUUUUUCAAGAGGUUGAUCCUUCUUUGAAGGUGAAGUGGUCUCGAAAGGAUGGAGAUUAUGUCCAGAAGGGGCUGCAGUUUGGAAAAGUUUAUGGAAGGGCACAUAGCAUUGUCGUAGCUGAAAGAAUAGCUCUGAACUUUAUGCAGCGGAUGAGUGGUAUAGCGACACUAACUAAGGCAAUGGCUGAUGCUGCACACCCUGCAUACAUCUUAGAGACAAGAAAAACUGCUCCAGGCUUACGUUUGGUGGACAAGUGGGCGGUUCUAAUUGGUGGAGGAAGGAAUCAUAGACUGGGUUUAUUUGAUAUGGUGUUGAUAAAGGAUAAUCAUAUAUCAAUAGCUGGAGGAAUCAGUAAUGCCCUUAGAUCUGUUGACCGGUAUUUAGAGCAAGAAAAUCUUCAAAUGGAGGUUGAGGUUGAGACCCGGACUCAUGAGGAAGUAAAGGAGGUAUUGCAGUAUGCAUCUCAAACGAAGACUUCCUUGACCCGGAUAAUGUUGGAUAAUAUGGUUGUUCCUCUUCCAAAUGGUGAUGUUGAUGUGUCUAUGCUUAAAGAAGCUGUGGAGCUAAUAAAUGGGAAAUUUGAGACGGAGGCAUCUGGAAAUGUUACUUUUGAAACUGUACAUAAAAUUGGACAAACUGGAGUUACCUACAUAUCCAGGAUAUGCCACUGCUUUCUUUGGCACCAUACGGGAGCCAUGUCUCUUCAGGCAGGUACAGAGGUUGAGAAUUACAUGCCACACAAUGAUCUCUGUGGUUUUCAGUGCUCAAAUCAAGGUUUUCUAGUUGUCUUUAGUAAAAAUGGUGCACUCACGCAUUCUGUGAAAGCACUUGAUAUAUCCCUCAAAAUUGAUACUGAGUUGGCUCUGGAAGUUGGAAGGCGAACAAAACGGGCAUGAUCAUUUAUAUUUCCUUUUUUAUUGAGCAAUAAGAGAACUCUUUCCCAGACUAUAUAAAGACAGAAAGAGCAUGUUUGUUCUUUCCUUGCUCUAAUAGUGGUUUAAAGAAUUGACAGACAAUAAAUUGCUGUUUUAUAAAAGAUAUGAGUAGAAUUAUAUGCAUUGACAAAAUUCUAGCUCUUUUGGAAUUUAUUCUGCUGACAAUCUGGCUGUCUUGGAAUUUCCGCAACCUGAUUGUGAAGGUCCUUGUCAAGAGAAAUGAAAAGGUCCUUAGGGAUGAAUUCACUGUG